AUGAUUCGCUAUAUCUUCAUUAUUUGUCUAUUUCUUCCUCUUAUUAUCUGCGAAGGCAGUGUUCAUGUGUCCACCAGUCGAGGUCGUCGAACCUGCACCGUCACCGCGCAUGGUGGCGAGCAAAAUGACGUUCCAAACAUCUUGACGGCGUUUAAGAAAUGCAGCAGAAAGUCCACGAUAAUUUUCCCAAAGGGCGAAAAGUAUUGGAUUGGAGAAAAGCUACACGCAAGGCUUGAAAACGUGGACAUCAGUUGGCAUGGAACAUGGCUUUUUUCCCCCAAUACUACAUAUUGGAGAAACAACUCAUAUUUUAUCGAGUUCCAGAAUCACCGCGCAGGGUUCAUCUUAUCUGGAGAUAAGAUCCGUCUCAAUGGUUAUCAUGAGGGUGGCAUAGAUGGCAAUGGGGACGUGUGGUACGACGAAGAUAAGGGAAGCUCGACUGAAGGACGCCCUAUGCCGUUCGUUCUAUGGAACAUCACCAACUCAGAGAUUCAUAACUUCCAAGUGAAGCAGUCCCAGUUCUGGUCUCUGAACAUCAUGAAUGGAACCAAUCUAACUUUUGAGAACAUUACUUGUAUCGCGUUCUCCAACAAUGCCCCAGCAGGGAAGAAUUGGGUUCAAAACGCUGAUGGAUUCAACACGAUGGAUGCUCGGAAUGUUUCUUUGAACAACUUUCUCUACCGUGGUGGAGACGACUGUAUUGCGAUUAAGCCUAGAUCAUACGACAUCAGAAUCAACAACAUCACUUGCGAUGGUGGCAAUGGUGUGGCCAUCGGAAGUCUAGGACAGUACCUAGAGGAUAGCAGCGUCGAAAAUGUGACAAUCACAAAUGCCGAGAUGAGGCGAUAUAGCUGGGACAUGCGCUGGAGUAUCUACAUCAAAACAUGGAUAGGAGAGCUGGUUUAUCAAGGCGACAACGAUUACGAAAACGGAGGCGUGCCUCGGGGCGGCGAUGUCUCUCGAGGCCCGUUUAUAACACAGGAGAACGGUCGGCAAGGCGGUCCAAAAGGAACCAGCAAAAUGGAGAUAGCAAAUAUCGUCUUCCGGAAUUUCACGGGCAAUCUUUUGACUUCAAGUGGGAAGCUUGGAGAGAUCUCCUGUAGCGUAGAAUUCCCUUGCUCAAGCAUACAUUACGAAGAGAUGGAUCGGCUUGAGGCUGCACCAGGAGUCUGUCAUUGGACGAAACCUGGCAGCAUAUUUGGCUUACCCGGAUGUUCUGGCUGA